AUGUGUCUUUUUAGGUUCGCGGCAAGCAGAAUACAACAGUUCUUUAUCGUUUUAUGGCGGUCAUGGCUUACCGUCAUCCGCGAUCCCGCGAGUCUCAAACUUCGUGCUUUGCAAACAAUCAUGAUCAGCUUAGUAUUUGGAUUAAUUUACCUGCGACAGAAUCUGGACCAAGAAGGUGUGAUGAACAUCAAUGGUUUUCUCUUCAUUCUCGUAACGAACAUGUCUUUUUCGAGUCAGUUUAUCGUCAUAAACAUAUUUCCAAUGGAAAUUCCGGUGUUUCAAAGAGAAUAUGACAGUAAACUCUACUCAAUUGAAAUCUACUUCCUGUGCAAAACUCUUGCAGAUAUUCCCUUCCAGAUAUUAUUUCCAUUCAUCUUUAUAACCAUCGAUUACUGGAUGAUUGGGCUGUACGAUGAUGUAUCAAAAUAUUUGAUUGCUUGUGGUAUCGUAAUUUUGGUCAGUAAUGUCGCUGCAUCUUUUGGAUACAUGGUUUCCUGUAUAGCACGCACCGUCACAGCAGCUCUUGCUUUGGCUCCACCACUUAUGAUACCGUUAAUGAUUUUUGGAGGAAUUUUUGUGAACAAUAAGAGUAUUCCAUCGUAUUUCGUGUGGCUAAAAUAUCUUUCCUGGUUUAAAUACGCUACAGAAAUUUUAACAGUUGAUCAAUGGAUUGAUGUCAAAAAUAUAACUUGCAAUGAGGAGCCAUGUAUCCAAUUUUAUAACAGUCUGUUCAUUAUCUAUCUAUCUAUCUAUCUAUCUAUCUAUCUAUCUAUCUAUCUAUCUAUCUAUGUGUGCCUUUCGUUUAGAAUAUAUUCACUUUUGUAUGGGUACAUCACUUAG